CUCUUCUUUCAGCCCGGUUUUUCGCAGUUGCACAUGAGGUUCAUGAAGUAAAUAAGUUUUGGUUACAGGCAAAACAAAAUCGUGUGCAUUAAGUCGCUAAAAUAUAAAAUCAACAAGCAAACAGCUUCUUGUUCCACUAAUAUCUAAAGUUACAAGGAAUUAUCAGGACAGGAUGCCACAGGGAAAGCUGAAGGUGAAAGCCAAGAUUCCGGUAGGGGCAAAAGUGAAACAACGGACAAUUGCCAAAGCGAAAGAUGUUCAAAAGAGAAACAGGCCUGCGCAGCGUAAGAAGGCGGCCAACGCGGUGGGGGCGGCGAUAACGAGGGCCAUCAAUGAGAACAACGAGACGACCGUGAGAGAGAAAGCGGUGGUGGACGGAAAGACGCUUCAUAUCCUUCCCUCCGACGACGUCCUUCCCGCAGAAAAGGCUGGUCUGGGCAGUGCUGGUGGGGCUAAACCUUCCACCAGCUCGAAGAAGAAUCAGAAAAAGUCAAAAAACAAAAAGUGAAUCGUAUCUACAAUUUUCCAGUUUUUGCGUAAUCUUCACCUUCCCUUGUUCGCUGAACAUGCCCUUAGCUCGAAAAUAUAAUUACGAUAAAUAAAUAUUUUUCAAUUUUA